ACGAUGAGGGAGGGGAAGGCGAUGAGGGAGGCGAAGACGAGGCGGCCAUGGCGGCCCGACCCGCGGAAGCCGUUCGUCGGCAGCGUCCGUGAGGGGCAGGGAUUUGCUUUUCGAAGAAAACAGAAAAUCCAACAGAAAUACACAAAAUUUUUGCGAAAGAAAAGAGGGUCCCAACUUCCUUCAAAUGACCAGUUCACAGAAACCUACCCAGAACACUUGAAGCAUCUAUAUGUAGCUGAAGAAGCCCUACUCAGUGUUCAACGUCGAAAAGAUCACCAACUCUCUUCUGUGCAAAGCAGCCCGACGGUGAGUUCUGUUGCACCCCCAAAGAAGAACAAGAAGAAGACAUCAAAUCAGAAAGCAAAAGAAGAGUAUGAUAUGAUAGUUGCAAAACGGGCUGCUAAGAAACAGGAGGCUGAGAAAAGAAAACAAGAGCGAGAAGAAGCACAAAAGCAAUACAAAAAAAAGAAAAUGGAAGCAUUCAAAAUAUUGAGUCAGAGGACUAGAAAAGGACAGCCAAAGUUAAACGUACAAAUGGAAUAUCUUCUUCAAAAGAUCCAAGAAAAACAAUAAAACCUUCUGUUUUGUAUGCAAAUAAAAAUAUACCCCUGCUACUGGA